AUGGGCGAGCCAGCCUGGCAAGAGACCCUCCGGGUCCGCCUCGUCGACCGCAACGCGCAAGAAUCGUCCUACGCGUCGAUAAUCGAGCAAUAUCGCAGAUUGGCCCAGCAGACCAAGCUACUGAAAGAACGCAAUGCAUCGCUCUUGCGUGCGAUGGGUAGUGCACGAGCGAACCCUAAUCCAAGCAGCUCAACCGUCUAUGUACCCGGGUCGGGAGAGGACAACCCCGUACGAGCCGCGUAUAUCACAUCUCUGGAAUCCCAAAUCUCGUCAUUACGAGAUGAGCUCGCCACGGUGUACAAAACGCAAGGCCAGAAUGCGCAGAGACUACUGGCCAUGAACGAGACGUUACGAGAGAAGGAGGAGUUGUCCCGAAUCGACUCCGAGGACCUCAGGAAAGCACGCGAUGAGAUCGCGGCGCUGAGGAAGAAGGUUGAGCAGCAUAGCGAGCUGAUGGCUGAGAAGGACAGGACUGCUCAGAUUCUCCACGACGAGAUCAACACGUUACAGCUGGAGCUCACCCAGAUCGAGGAGAGGAACGCCAUUCUGACGAAGGAUAACGCAAAGCUCCUCCAGCGCUGGCUGGACGCAAAACAAGCCGAGGUCAACAAGAUGAACGAGGCCAACGCGUUUUAUGAGGACCUGCAUUCGAAGCGCCAAGCAGCGUUGAACUCGCUUCCAGCGACGCCGUUAGAAGACAAGACUGCAGAUGUCCAGUCGCUCUCGGAGUCGGAGUCGGGAAACGGGGAGGAGACGACGGAAGCCGGAGCAGCGACGACGAAGGAUGGGAUUCAAUCUCCAGAGGAGACGAGCGUGGAUCAGACACCGAAUGGUGUUCAGAGCGUCGCACAGAAUGUCGUGUUAAACAAAGGUCAACCCAUCGUCACUGGUGGGACAUUAGCACCCGCAUCCGCAGUGCACUCCCGCGACGUUGUGCGGAGACCUGUCGUCGGGACUGUAGUCUCGGGAUGGCCCAAAGUUUCAAAUCCUCCACCGCAGCUUUCCGAUAGGGCCCUGGACAAGGACACUGCCGGUGGCAACGCGUACUCAGGAUCUGCGGGUGAUGUGUCGGGUGGCAGCGAAGAGAAUACUAGACACAGCGACCUCAGCUCGUUCUAUCGCCGUACCGACGACGCCGACACCAUGGGCGGGAAUGCCUAUACCGGAAACAGCGGUGACGUGAGCGGUGGCUCUAUCACCAACAUCGCCAACAACGACGGCAUGCCCACGCUCAUGAACAUCGACUCGAACAACGCCGGCCUAGGUGGUACUUCCGCAUCGGGGUGCGCAGCCGGAGGGUACACCGACCAGAACGGCGCCGGUGGAAACGCGUACUCUGGGAGCGCCGGCAAUGCGGAGGGAGGAAGCGUCAACAACGUCGGGGGCAUGGUCAACAUGGGGUCCAACAAUGCCGGAGCAGCGGGUACUUCGAGCACUGGGUGCGCGACGGGAGGCAACGCUAAAUACUACCGCGGCUAUAUGUACUUCUCACAUCUUUCAUCGUUCCAUAUGUAG